UGGCCAGCUCCUAUCUUUUAAAUAUGUUAAUCUGCGCCUCCACGGGCUCUCCAUAAACGCAUUUCAUAUAUCCUAGGGGCAAUUCCGUAACUUGAUAUAUUUGUCAUCAGAACAAUAAAUACACUAUACAAAAAAAUUGAGAAAAUUUACUAAAAAAAUAAAAUAUAAAUGAAAAGAGAAAAAGAAAAAGAAAAUAAGCACGAAGUUUUCGCCCUUCAGACCAACAUCAACACAAGACGAGGACGAGCGAGAGAAACACAAAGAUUUUAGCAAGAAGGAUGUAUAAAUAAUAACAAUAGCAUAAUAAUAAUAAUAAUAAUAAUAAUAAUCAAUAUAAGUAACAUAAACAGAAAAAUAAAAACAAAAAUAAAAAAAUAAAGACAAACACAGGGAUUAGAGAACGAGAGAGAGGGAGAGCGCGAGAGAGAACAGAAACAAGAGAGAUUUCUUUCUAUUAAGCUGUUAUUUCAUCGAUCUGCUUUCUUCGAAUUCACAGCUUUGUGAAGGUCUCUUCGUCGAUCUAUCAUUCCAGUUAAUUGUUUUUCUUUUUCCUGUUAGGGUUUUGAAUUGGAGCGGAGGAUAGCGAAGUGGAAGAGAAUUUGUCGCAGUAUGAGCAUCAAUAGCCCCGGGGAAGGGGAGAAUUAGGGUUUGGAGUGAAUCUUGUAGGGUUAGAAGGAGGGAUUUCCAUGGGCGAUGGAGGUGUGGCAUGCAUGCCUUUGCAGCAUAAUAGUAUCAUGGAGAGGUUUCCAAUUCAGGACAAUACAAGUACAGCAACAGCAGCGACAACAACACUUUGCAGCAGCGGAAGCAAAGCUAACACCACCACCACCACCACUAGCACCACAGGCAGCAACAUUAACAACAACAACAACAACAACAAUAAUAAAAACAACGGUGGCAAUGUAAAUACCAAUAACAACAGCACUACCAACGGGGUCAAUUCGAAGCCCAAAAAAGUAUUGAAGAAGGUAAUUAAGGUUAAGAAGGUUGUUACAGUGAAGAAAGUAGUAGCAGACAAGAGUCAAUUGGGAGCUGAGAAGGCAGUUAAAACUAUUAACAAGGUAAAAGAAGCCAGCAAAGAGGGAAAGGUUACUGUCAAGGAGAAAGAAGCAAAGAGUAGCAGCAAAGAAGCGGACAACAAUGUCGGUUUGAGUUCUGCUGAAAACAAGGUGCAAAAUAACAACAAAGAGGAAGUUGAAGAGGGUGAAUUGGGGACCUUGAAGUGGCCACCAAAAGCAGCAGAAGUUGAGAAUGGGGAAUUUGUUCCGCCAGAGAAGACCACUAGGAGAACUGAAAUUGACAAGGGAGAGAUUGUUAUUGCUGAUAAAUGGAGGAAAAGGGAUAUAGAGAAGGGAGAGGGUACUGCGGUUUCAGGCAGAUGGAGGAAAGGGGACUUUUCCAGAGAUGAAAUUGAAAAAGGGGAGUUCAUACCGGAUAGAUGGCAUAAUAAAGAAGAAUUGGGUUAUAAUAAAUCCCGUACCAAGUAUGACAUUAGUAGAGAGCGUACCCCACCUUCUGGAAAGUAUUCCAAUGAAGACAUUUAUAGAAGGAAAGAAUUUAGUCGGAGUGGGAGCAGCCAGCACAGUAAAAGUUCCUCCCGGUGGGAGAGUGGCCUGGAGAGAAAUAUAAGAAUCAGUUCAAAGAUUUUGGAUGAAGAAAGCAUGUAUAAAAGUGAAUACAGCAAUGGCAAGAAUCAUGGGAGAGAUUACACUUCUGGUAACAGGUUGAAGCGAUAUGGUGCUGACUCUGAUAGCAGUGAGCGCAAACAUUAUGGGGAUUAUGGGGAUUAUGCAUGCUCUAAAAGCAGGAGACUUUCUGAGGAUACUGCUCGUCCUAUUCACUCAGAACACUAUUCUCGUCACUCUGUUGAAAGAUUCUAUCGAAACUCUUCUACUACUUCUUCAAGAAUAUCUUCAUUAGACAAAUACUCCUCCAGGCAUCAUGAACCCACUUUGUCUUCCAAAGUUGUUUAUGAUAGGCAUGAACGCAGUCCUGGGCAUUCUGAGCGGUCCCCACGUGAAAGAGCCCGUCACUAUGACCAUAGGGAUCGGAGUCCUGUCCGUCGUGAGAGAUCCCCAUAUCGGCUUGAGAGAUCACCCUUCGGCCGCGAGAGGUCACCCUAUGUCCGUGAGAGAUCACCCUAUGGCCGUGAGAGGUCUCCUUAUGUACAUGAGAGGUCUCCAUAUGUACGUGAGAGGUCUCCAUAUGCACGGGAUAAAUCCCCAUAUGACCGAAGCCGGCAUUAUGAUUAUAGAAGAAGUCCUGCUCAUUCAGAACGGUCCUCACAGGACCGGUACCAUGACUGCAGGGAUCGGACUCCAAACUUUCUGGAGCGUUCCCCACUUGAUCGAGGUAGGCCCAAUAAUCAUAGAGAAGCAAGCCGGAAAGGUGGUGUAAGUGAGAAGCGGAAUUCGCAGAAUGCUAAUAAAGGCAAGGAGGAUAAACUCAACCAGAAAGACUGUAGUGAAAGAGAUUCCCAAUUCAUAGUCAAAGAAUCUCAAGACAGAAACGAUGUGCAUAAUAUUACUGGACUGGAAGAGAAAAAUGCAAGUUCUGAUUCUCUCAAAGAGGCACAAACUCAGAGUCCAGUCAUGGAUGUCAAAGAGUCUCUUCCUGUUGAUGGACCUCCUCCUGAAGAACUUUUAUCUAUGGAGGAAGAUAUGGAUAUAUGUGACACACCACCUCAUGUCCCGGCAGUUACUGAUUCCUCAACAGGAAAAUGGUUUUACCUUGACUAUUUUGGCCUGGAAUGUGGACCUUCAAAGUUAUGUGACCUCAAGGCACUUGUGGAUGGGGGAGUUCUCGUGGCUGAUCACUUGGUCAAGCAUUUGGAUAGUGACAGGUGGGUAACCAUUGAAAAUGCAGUUUCACCAUUAGUUGCGUCGAAUUUCCCAUCUAUUGUCUCAGACACUGUGACUCGGCUAGUGAGCCCCCCAGAGGCACCUGGUAAUCUAUUGGCAGAUACUGGAGAUAUGGGGCAGUCUGGUUAUAAGAAUGGUGAGGAAGCAUCAAUGGCUUUGCCACAGCCCCUCGGCUGCCUUAAUGACAAUGCUGCUCUGUCUGAACCUUUAGAAGAUCUCCAUAUUGACCAAAGGGUUGGAGCUCUGUUGGAGGGUUAUACUAUUGUUCCUGGGAGAGAACUAGAGACUAUAGGAGAAGUUUUGCUAACGACAUUUGAGCUUGUGCCAUGGGAAAGAUGUGGGCAAUCAGAAGCUCUCAGCUGGAAUCAAGCUUGUGUUGCAGAACAAUUUGGUCAAAGUAAUGAUGAACCAUCAAGAUAUUCUGACUUGAAACCAAAUGAUGCUGUCGAAGUGAGUUCAAGUGCAACCUCUGAUAGGGAUCAAAGCUGUGCCUGUUUUGCAGAUUCUGCCGACUGGUUUUCUGGCCGAUGGUCGUGCAAAGGUGGGGAUUGGAAGAGGAAUGAUGAGAAUGUCCAAGAUAGAUUUUCUAGAAGGAAAUUUGUCCUUAGUGAUGGCUAUCCAUUGUGCCAAAUGCCAAAAUCAGGGACAGAGGACCCUCGGUGGCAUAGGAAAGAUGAUUUGUAUUAUCCUUCUCAAAGUCGAAGGCUUGACCUGCCACCUUGGGCUUUCUCCUGCACCGAUGAAAGGAAUGAAUGUGGUAGUGCUAGCAGAACUACUCUUGCUAAGCCAUCUGUAGUUAGAGGGGUGAAGGGGACUAUGCUACCAGUGGUCAGGAUAAAUGCAUGUGUUGUAAAGGACCAUGGUUCAUUUGUUUCAGAACCGCGUAUAAAAGUUCGAGGAAAGGAAAGGUACCCUUCAAGGUCUUCUCGGAUGUACUCUGCUGCUAAUGAUGUGAAGAGAUUGACGGCAGAAGGUGAUUCACAAUCCAAAAUUGAUCAAGAUUCUCACAGUUCUUGGAAGUCAAUUUCAUUCGUUAACACUCCCAAAGACCGUCUUUGCACGGUGGAUGACUUACAGCUACAUUUGGGUGAGUGGUACUACCUGGAUGGUUCUGGGCAUGAACAAGGGCCUUCAUCAUUUUCUGAGCUUCAGGUCUUGGCAAGUCAAGGUGCUAUUAAAAAAUGGAGUAGUGUUUUCAGAAAAUUUGAUCGAGUAUGGGUUCCAGUUACCCCUGUCACAGGGUCUUCUGAAGCCACUUUUAAAACUCAAGAGGAGACAGUUGCACUUCCUGGUGAUUCUUCAACAACUCUUUCAAAAUCGCAGGGUGCUGCGAAUAGUGAAAAUAAUGCAAAUUCAGUUCCAUUUCAUUGCCAGCAUCCACAGUUCAUUGGUUAUACCCGUGGGAAGCUGCAUGAAUUGGUAAUGAAAUCUUUCAAGAGCCGGGAGUUUGCUGCUGCUAUAAAUGAUGUAUUGGAUCCUUGGAUCAAUGCUAAACAGCCUAAGAAGGAGGUCGAUAGUCAUAUAUACCGAAAAUCAGAAAUUGAUGGACGUUCUAGCAAAAGAGCCCGGCUUCAGGUUGAUGGAAGCGACGAUGAUUAUUUUAUAGACGAAGAUGUGGAAAGCAUUCAAAAGGAUGAAACCACUUUCGAGGAGUUGUGUGGUGAUUCUAUUUUUCACGGGGAAAAUAGUGAAUGCUCAGACAGUGAGUUGGGAAGCUGGGGGUUAUUGGAUGGUCAUAUGCUGGCACGAGUCUUUCAUUAUAUGAGAUCUGACAUGAGAUCCCUUGUCUUUGCUUCUUUGACUUGUAAGCACUGGAGAGCUGCUGUCAGUUUUUAUAAGGAUAUUUCAAGACAAGUUGAUUUCUCACAUUUGGGUUCUAACUGCACUGAUUCAAUGAUCUGGAAUAUCCUGAAUGGUUAUAACAAAGAAAGAAUAAAUUCGAUGGUGCUGGUUGGCUGCAUGAAUAUUACUCCUGGAUCACUUGAAGAUAUACUUCGCGCUUUCCCUUGUUUAUCCUCUAUUGACAUUAGAGGUUGCAGCCAAUUCAAGGAAUUGGCCCUUAAAUUUCCUGAUGUGAGAUGGAUCAAGACUCAAAGUUCGCGUGGUAUAGGAAUCAUUGAGGAGUCAUCUUCUAAAAUACGGAGCCUUAAACAUAUCAGUGAGAGAACUCCUACAUUUUACAAAACUAAGGGUUUGGGUAGUGAUGCUGAUGAUUUUGGUGAUCUGAAAGAGUAUUUUGAUAGUGUGAACAAGAGGGACUCAGCAAAUCAAUUAUUUCGACGGAGUUUGUAUAAGCGCUCAAAAUUGUUUGAUGCUAGAAGGUCAUCAUCUAUUGUAUCUAGAGAUGCUCGUGUGAGGCGAUGGGCCAUUAAGAAAUCCGAAUCUGGCUACAAGAGGAUGGAGGGAUUCCUUGCGUCCGGCUUGAAGGACAUCAUGAAAGAAAAUACCUUUGAUUUUUUUGUGCCCAAGGUAGCGGAAAUUGAGGAUAGAAUGAAAAGUGGUUACUACCUCGGGCAUGGUUUAAGAUCUGUAAAGGAGGAUAUCAGUCGUAUGUGCAGGGAUGCGAUUAAAGCAAAGAAUCGGGGUGCUGGAGACAUGAAUCACAUUAUUUCGUUAUUUCUCAAACUUGCCUCCCAUUUGGAAGAUAGUCCUAAAUUCUCUUACGAAAGAGAUGAACUAAUGAAGUCAUGGAAAGAUGAUUUGUCUGCAGGGUUAGGCUGUGCUUCGAUGAAAUCUAAGAAGAAGUUACUCAUUGAUAAGAAGAAUGCUAACAGGAAUAAUGGCAGUACAUUUUCAAAUGGUGGUUUUGAUUACGGAGAAUAUGCAUCUGAUCGGGAAAUCAGAAGACGCUUGUCCAAAUUGAAUAGAAAAUCUAUGGAAUCUGGAAGUGAAACUUCUGAUGGACUUGACAAGUCUUCUGAAGAUGGCCGGAGUGAGAGCGAUAGUACUUCCUCAGAUACAGAAAGUGAUCUGGAUAUCCGAUUAGAAGGUCGAAUCGGAGAGUCGAGAGGGGGUGGAUUCUUUAUGGAGGAUGAGGCUUUAGAUUCCAUGAUAGAUGAGCGUGAAUGGGGUGCUCGCAUGACAAAAGCAAGCCUGGUUCCUCCUGUUACUAGGAAAUAUGAGGUUAUAGAUCAGUACGUUAUUGUAGCAGAUGAGGAGGAUGUGCAGCGGAAGAUGUGUGUUGCCCUGCCAGAUGAUUAUGCUGAGAAGCUUGACGCACAGAAAAAUGGUACUGAGGAUAUGGAGCUUCCUGAAGUUAAGGAGUAUAAACCUAGAAAGCAGCCUGGAGAUGAAGUCUUAGAACAAGAAGUUUAUGGAAUUGAUCCCUAUACCCAUAAUCUUUUACUAGACUCAAUGCCUGAAGAACUGGAUUGGACUCUAUCAGACAAGCACAUGUUUAUUGAAGAUAUGCUCCUUCGAACUCUCAAUAAGCAAGUCAGGCGCUUCACUGGUACUGGUAACACUCCAAUGAAGUAUCCUUUGAAGCCCAUUAUAGAAGAAAUCGAAGCAGCUGCUGAAGAGGACUGUGAUGUACGGACAAUGAAAAUUUGUCAGGGCAUCCUUAAGGCAAUAGAUAGUCGUCGUGAUGAUAACUAUGUUGCUUACAGGAAGGGGCUUGGUGUUGUUUGCAACAAAGAAGGUGGUUUUGCAGAAGACGAUUUUGUUGUGGAGUUUCUGGGAGAGGUUUAUCCUGCUUGGAAAUGGUUCGAGAAGCAAGAUGGCAUCCGGUCCUUGCAGAAAGAUAGUAAAGAUCCUGCUCCUGAAUUUUAUAAUAUUUACCUAGAGAGGCCAAAGGGGGAUGCUGAUGGUUAUGAUUUGGUGGUGGUUGAUGCUAUGCACAAGGCAAACUAUGCAAGUCGAAUUUGUCACUCAUGCAGACCUAAUUGUGAAGCGAAAGUUACUGCUGUACAUGGUCAGUACCAGAUCGGGAUCUACACUGUACGAGAAAUUCAAUAUGGCGAGGAGAUCACAUUUGAUUACAAUUCUGUGACAGAGAGUAAGGAAGAAUAUGAAGCAUCUGUUUGUUUGUGUGGUAGUCAAGUUUGUCGUGGCAGCUACUUAAAUUUGACUGGUGAAGGGGCUUUCCAGAAGGUGCUAAAGGAGUGGCAUGCCAUGCUGGAUCGACAUCAUUUAAUGCUUGAAGCUUGUGAGUUGAAUUCUGUUUCCGAAGAAGAUUAUCUUGACUUGGGGAGAGCUGGACUAGGCAGUUGUUUGCUUGGUGGGUUGCCAGAUUGGGUCGUCGCUUAUUCUGCUCGUCUGGUGUGUCUUUGCUGCCAUCUUAAUGUUUUUGUGCUUUACCAUUUUCUCUUGGAAAAAUUCAUUGAGCUGGUCUUUAUUCAUUUCGUUUUUCUGACCUUCAUUUUUUUGAAGGUUCGAUUCAUUAAUUUGGAGAGAACGAAACUUCCUGAGGAAAUCUUAAGGCAUAACUUGGAAGAAAAAAGGAAAUAUUUUUCAGAUAUAUGUCUUGAAGUUGAGAAAAGUGAUGCUGAGGUUCAGGCCGAAGGUGUCUAUAAUCAGAGGCUUCAAAACCUGGCAGUAACUCUUGACAAGGUGAGAUAUGUGAUGAGAUCCCUGUUUGGUGACCCAAAGAAAGCUCCACCUCCAUUGGAGAGGCUGAGUCCUGAAGAAACUGUUUCUUUCAUCUGGAAAGAGGAGGGAUCACUUGUUGAUGAGCUUCUUCAGUGCAUGGCUCCUCACGUGGAAGUGGAUGUGCUAAAUGAUCUCAAGUCUAAGAUUUGUGCACGUGAUCCAUUAAAUUCUGAUAACAUUCGGAAAGAACUUCAGAAAUCGUUAUUGUGGUUGAGGGAUGAAGUCCGGAGCCUUCCAUGUACAUACAAGUGUCGGCAUGAUGCUGCAGCUGAUUUGAUCCAUGUUUAUGCUUAUACAAGGUGCUUCUACAGAGUUCGGGAGUAUGAUACAUUUACUUCUCCGCCAGUUCACAUUAGUCCGCUUGACUUGGGUCCUAAGUAUGCUGAUAAGUUGGGGGCAGGCAUACAUGAAUAUAGGAAGACAUAUGGUGAAAAUUAUUGUAUGGGGCAGUUGAUCUUUUGGCAUAUCCAGACCAAUGCCGAACCAGAUUGUAGCCUGGCUAAGGCUAGUAGAGGGUGUUUGUCAUUACCUGACAUAGGUUCCUUCUAUGCAAAAGUUCAGAAGCCAUCACAACAACGAGUUUAUGGCCCAAGGACUGUGAAACUUAUGCUGGAAAGGAUGGAGAAGUACCCUCAGAAGCCAUGGCCCAAGGACCAAAUAUGGUCAUUUAAGAGUUCUCCAAAAGUUAUUGGCAGCCCAAUGCUUGAUGCCGUUUUGAGCAACUCUUCUCUAGACAGGGAGAUGGUGCAUUGGCUGAAGCACAGACCUACAGUAUACCAGGCAAUGUGGGAUCGAUGAACCAUACUUACUCCAGCACCGGGAAAGCUGCAGCAGGACUUCUUUUAGGCAAGCACACACACUAUACGUGUUUUGGAAUGGUUUCUCUAAUUUAGUUCACAGCUACCCUUUUUAGCCGCGGGAGUUGAUAGGUCAUUCCAAAACAUUGCAUUCCUUCUGCUGCUUCCUCAAUUCUUCUGUACAGUUAGUUUUACCUUCUUUUUCUUUUUCCUUUUAUAAUUCUAAUUUGUAAUUUGUAAUUCAUUAAAUGGUAGGAGAGCAUUUUUUUAAAGAAAAAUUAUCUCCCGCUAAUUUAAGUGAAAAUAUGAAAAGAAGCAAAUAUGUUGAUUACCA